AUGCUUCGUCUGUGCCUCUGCUCUCGCCGCUCCGCCGUUCGCACUCUCGCUGACGGGUUUCGUCGCGUCGUUCUCUCGUCGUCCAAGACAGCCACCAUCAGCCGAACGAAAGUGGUAACCAGCACGGCGGCAGUCGCGACAAUUAGACUUGGAACCACCGGCGUGUGCGAUUCAUCGCGCAAAGUUACCGCUUCCGCACAACCGCGCGGGGUUCCGCUCUCUGCGCAUUCCCCGUAUGUAGCGCAUUCCGCGUAUGCAGCGCCAACGCCACGCCUUUCCUCCACAGCCGCUCCCCCCGCUACCCCACUCUGGCGGCUUUCCCGCCCGCCUUCCCCGCGAAGCCCCUCCGCCAUGCGACGUGACACUAGCGGAUGCGCCGCGGCGGCGCCUGCUCUAGGCGAGUUUUCGAGCUCGCUCCCAGAAGCUGUCCACGUCAGCGACUAUGUCCUCCACGAAUCGGAUCUUGCGAUAGUCGACGGGAAGCGCGAGGAGAUUAAAGCCCAACCAAAUACGUCUCUAGUCAUCUUGAACUUCAAGCUCCCGCUUUUCACGCCGAUCCUCUGGCAGCAAGCGGGAUCGUUGCGGCUGUGCGCGGAUGGCGGAGUGAACCGCCUGUACGACGAGCUUCCAGGAAUGUUCCCGGGGGAGGACCCUGAUGACGUCAGACGAAGGUUCGUGCCGCACAUAAUCAAGGGUGACCUGGACUCUGCGCGUCCCCAAGUGCUCGCCUUUUACAAGCAGCUCGGCGCGGAGAUAGUGGAUAUGAGCAAGGACCAGGACACCACGGACCUGCACAAGUGCAUCAACCGGAUUUUGCUCGACACCGGCCACGCCAGCUCCGUCACUCCCUCCGCCAUCCCUCCUCCUACACCUUCUCCCCCUCCCCUCUCCGAAUCCACUGCUGCUGCCCAAACCCCUUCCACCACUGCCACCACCACUGCCAACACCAACAACACGGGAUCUACAGCCAAUGCUGCUCUAUACCCAGAAUCUUCGUCCUUUUCUCUUAAUUCCGCACCAGAAACGCACUCUUCUGCACUUGCCCAACAACCACACAAUAGAAUCCUCUCCCAACCCGAGCCUAAACACGAACCUCCUGCUUUGCCUCGGCCGGACAAGCCACAGCCCCGAGCCCUCCUCCCAGCGAAGGUGGUUCGGCCGGACCAGAGAGUGAUCGUGGUGGGGUCACUAGGCGGCCGCAUGGACCACGAAUUCGGAAACGUGAACGUGCUCCACAGGUUCCGCCACGUCAGCAUCGUGCUGCUGUCGGAGGACUGCCAGCUGUUCCUGCUGCCAGCUGGCUGGCGCCACGUCAUCACGCCUCACCCGCGGUGGGAGGGGCCGCACUGCGGGCUGAUUCCUGUGGGGGAGCCGUCGCAUGGGACCACGACGACUGGGCUGAGAUGGAAUCUAUCCAACACACCAAUGCGGUUUGGUGGCCUUGUCAGCACGUCAAACCUUGUUGUUGCGCCAACUGUCACUGUCGAGUCUGACGUGGACCUUAUCUGGACAUAUGCGACACGUACUGCUUCCACGAAACUGCUUGACGAAUCAGCCCGUUACGACUCGUCGGACGACAGUUGGCACCGUGACGGUGACGGUAGCACCCAGCAUGCGAAGGAUCAUUCUUCGCAUUACGUUCAUGCGAGCGACAGCGCCGCCCGCGAUAAUCGGAGGCAGCUGCAGCUGGUGGGGCACGUGAAGGCGUUUGAAGCCCAGCUACAAUACUAUGUUCCCCUCCCCGUCAGGAACCAUCCAGAGAGAACCAAUCUCUUCAUCGGACCCCUUGGGUUUGCCUACAACUCCUCCAACCACCCAAUUGUGUUGCUACAGUACCACGAGCACGACACGCACUGGGGAACCCUCGCCCACUGCCACGGCGACACGUGUCCCGCCCUAACCUCCUGCGGCCCGGCCUUCCCGAACCUCCGCGCCUGCUGGAACCCGGACCUGGUUGAUCCGGACCGAGUUUCCCUCGACCCGCCCGUGAACUGCCCGAAAAGAAACGCCACGGCAGGGUUGGAUCCGCACACGAGGAAGCAUGUAUCGGACGGGUAUGACGAGACGUGCUCGCAUAGGGAGGAUUUUAACCCGCGGGACGCCAUGGCGCUGCAGAUGUUUGAGGUGAAGGGCGCGUAUGUGACGGACAAGGGCUACGUUUUCAACCGCACUCAUCGAUUCGUGCGGCCGAGCUGUGGCAGGUUCAACGAGAUAUCCUUUUCAUCAGAGCAGCAGGUGCAUCUGCUACCAGCAGCCUUCACGUGGAGCAACUCGUACGGGUUCAACUUCUACCACUUUGUUGCAGAGACCAUGCCGCUGCUCCUCGUUGCUGCGCCGCUGCUGCCGCGCAUCAUGCCCUCCACGCCCAUCCUUGCCAGCCGCAUGCAGUGGGAGGUGUACAAGCAGUUCGGGGAGCCGCUCAUAGGCAUCAAGUACGAGGACAUGCGCAUGCUGCCUCUUGUGGCCCAGGAUCUCUUCUUUGUCGAAACGCUCUAUGAGCCCAUCGCCCAGACCUGCGGCAGCCCCUCCAAGGCGCUCUGGCAAUCGCUCAGGCGGACCCACCUGCUGCACCCACAUGGGCUGCCUCUCUUCCGCCCCGACUGGUCCUACCAGCCGCCGCCGCCGCUGUCGCCGCAGCAGGCGCAGGCGCUGCCACCUGACUGGGUGGUGGUGCUGGCGAAGCGACCCGCUAAGAAGCGAUCCAUUAGUAACUUUGAGGAGGUGGAGGAGGUGGUGGAGAGGGCGUUUGCUAAGGAGAGAGUUGUGAAGUUCACCGGUGUAGUUUGCCUCCGUCUCUCUCGCUUUGUCGCCCCCUCUUGGGAGCAACUCUCGUGUGUUGUCAUUGUUCCGACCUUCCCCAUUCCCAUCGUCCCCGAUCCUCAUGCACGCGCAGAUGCGUAUCGCUUCGCGGAGCUCGUAGACGGCGAGUCGCGAGCGGUCGUUUACCUCUACGUCAACUUCGAUUCCGCCACCACCACCAUCCAAGCCACCUACAAGAUCUUCGCCGCUCUCCCCGCGGGUCCGCCAGUCUACAUCACGCUUGCAGGCACAACCGUCCCCGGAUGCGACCCGACCAAAUGCAGCCUCCCCCCAGGCGGCCCCACAUGGACCCAGCCCGUGCCGUCCGUGUGGCAGGCCAUCGGAACCUUCACCAGGAGCCCAGUGACGGAUCCCGAGCGCUAUGGCGCGCUGCUGCAGCUGAUUGACAACUCGCUGGUGUUCCCCGGGGUGGUCAUGGCGUAUAAAGACGCGCAGGGAGCGCUGAAACCGGUGAUGGCGCAGCUCCGCGCCGAUUCCACGCGGAAGAUUCUCUCCCCCCGUCCCUCUGCUUCUGCCUGCAGUGGAAGUGGGCCCCAUCCCAGCAUACGUGCCGAGCCCGCAGUACGUGGUUCGCUUCCUCUCCUACAUGCCAGGCGGCGCCAACCUCUCCCUCUCGCAGUCCACCGACGGGCUGUCCUUCCAGGCGAGCUUCGUGGUUGCCGUGGUGCAGCAGCGCCCCCAGCAGCAGCGGCGGCGGCGGUGGCGGUGCCGGCGCUGGUGGCGCUGGUGGCGGCGGCGCUGGUGCUGUGCAACGCGGACCGCGUGAUCAUGUCCGUUGCCAUCCUUCCCCUCUCCGCAUCCCACGGCUGGCCGCCCAGCGUCGCGGGCAUCGUGCAGUCCUCGUUCUUAUGGGGCUACCUCAUAACCCCCAUUAUUGGAGGGUCGCUCGCUGACCGCUACGGUGGCCGCCCCGUGCUGGCAGCAGGGCUGGCGCUCUGGUCACUCGCCACGCUGCUCACGCCUGCCGCUGCCGCACACUCCCUGGGUGCUCUGCUAGCUGUGCGGGCAGUCAUGGGGCUGGGGGAAGGGGUGGCGCUUCCAUGCAUGAACCACAUGGUCUCACGCUACGUGCCAGAGAGCAGGAGAGCGUGGGCAGUGGGAAUCUGCUUCGCGGGCUUCCACGUGGGCAGCAUGGUGGGGCUGCUCUCAGCGCCCUCCCUCAUGGCGCUGCCCGGUCUGGGCGUGACCGGCCCCUUCCUGCUCUUCGGCGCGCUGGGGCUGCUCUGGCUCGCGCUGUGGCUGCUCCUCGUGCCUGGCGAUGCCUGUGCUGCGCCCAGUGCGCCUGCUGCCUCGCCCAGUGCAGAUAGUGGCGGGCAGCUGGACGGGAAACAGAAGGUGCAGAGUGGUGUUGGUGCGAGUGGGUCGCGUGUGACGGUGUGGCAGCUGCUGUCUCACCCGGCUUCAUGGGCCAUCAUCAUCGCCAACACUGUCAAUAACUGGGGCUACUUCAUUCUGCUCUCCUGGAUGCCUCUCUACUUCAACCAGGUCCUGCACACGGACAUCCGGCAGGCAGCGUGGUUCAGUGCAGGGCCAUGGGCGGUCAUGGCAGGCAUGGGGCUGCUGGCAGCACAGCUGGCUAACCGCAUGGAGGGCACGCAGGGCAUGACCCGCACUGCCGUGCGGAAAGUCAUGCAGGUGAGUGACGGCUGCCACGCUGCUGGGUUCCUGGGUCCUGCUGCGUCAUUGCUGCUGCUCACACGCAUGUCCACCGCCCCUCUCGCUGCCCUCUGCCUCACUGCUGCUCUCGGCCUGAGUGCGUUCAGCCAAGCUGGGUGGCUCCUCAACCAUAAGGUGGUCACUCACUCUCUGGCACUCUCCUCUCCUCUCCUCCUCCCCCUCUCCUCUCUCCUCCCCUCCCUCCCCCUCUCCUCUCUCUCCCUCUCCCUCUCCUCCCUCUCCUUCUCUCCCUCUCCUUCUCUCCCUCCCUCUCCUCUCUCUCUCCCUCCCUCUCCUUCUCUCCUCCCUCUCCUUCUCUCCCUCCCUCUCCUUCUCUCCCUCCCUCUCCUUCUCUCCCUCCCUCUCCUUCUCUCCCUCCCUCUCCUUCUCUCCCUCCCUCUCCUUCUCUCCCUCCCUCUCCUUCUCUCCCUCCCUCUCCUUCUCACCCAUACACUUCCUGGCUCGCUUCUCAAGUGCCUUCCGCCAUUCCAAGUUUUUGCUUGCUGA